GCACUGAUGGUGGGAAAGUCUUUUGUAUGUUCUAUGCGCUGCUGGGGAUCCCACUCACCCUGGUCAUGUUUCAGAGUCUGGGCGAGAGGAUCAACACCUUUGUGAGAUACCUUCUCCACCGUAUCAAGAAGUGCCUUGGCAUGAGACGGCCAGAAGUAUCAAUGGCCAACAUGGUCACUAUUGGAUUCUUCUCCUGCAUCAGCACGCUUUGCAUUGGGGCUGCGGCAUUCUCCUACUAUGAGAAUUGGACCUUCUUCCAGGCCUACUACUACUGCUUUAUCACCCUCACCACCAUUGGUUUUGGGGAUUACGUGGCCCUUCAGAAAGAACACGCCCUCCAGACCAAGCCCCAAUAUGUGGCCUUCAGCUUUAUCUACAUCUUAACUGGGCUGACAGUCAUUGGGGCCUUUCUCAACUUGGUGGUGCUACGGUUCAUGACCAUGAAUGCUGAGGAUGAAAAGCGGGAUGCUGAACACCGAGCACUGCUCACCCGCAACGGGCAGGCCAGCAGUGUACAUACUACAGACACUACUGCUUCCUCAACUGCUGCUGCAUUAGGGGGAAUAGGGGGAGGUGGAAGCAGCAGCGGUAGAGGAGGACUCCGAAAUGUUUAUGCUGAGGUUCUCCACUUCCAAUCUAUGUGCUCCUGCCUCUGGUACAAGAGCCGGGAGAAGCUGCAGUACUCUAUCCCCAUGAUAAUCCCCAGAGACCUCUCCACCUCAGAUACCUGCAUGGAACAGAGCCACUCCUCCCCUGGGCAUUACCCAGAGACUCCAUCCAGCAGAUGCUUCUGCAACACUCAGCGUUCAGCCAUCAGCUCUGUUUCCACAGGACUUCAUAGCCUCUCAGCCUUCCAAGGACUUAUGAAGCGCCGAAGUUCUGUGUAAAGACGAGGAGCCCUUUUACAAACUCUCCUUCACUACUGAAAGAAAAAAAAAAAACAGGCAGGCACGAAAACCCAGGUGGAGAUAAAUGACAACACAACUUAGAAUUUAUAAAAAUAAUGCAACUAUAAAAAGGGGGAAAGAGCAUGCACCUUGGGUGUGUGCAAUAAACUGAUGGAUCAAGCAGAGGUUGGCUAUGAGGGGCAAUCUCCUGGGGACACUGAACCACCAGAGUCUCUAGACCAGGACCUAGUAGUGGA